AUGGAGGAAACAGUGGAAGAAAUGGAAUCUGAAGAUAGAGUGGUUUCCAACAAAGGAAAGAGCUUGAAUGAUUUGUUUCUUAAUCUGGAAAGUGGUGCUACUGUUACUCCUCCGUAUCUUACUCCUCUUGCUUCUCCUUCUUUGUUCACUCCUCCUUUUACUCCAUUAAUGGAGUCUUGUAAUGGUAAAAAAGAAGAGAUCUCGAGUUUCUUUGAGUUAUCUACUGAUGCUGAAGAUGCAGAGGAGAAGCUUUACAAGAGGAAAGUAAUGGAGAUUGUAGAAAGUGAAGAACUCAAGGGCUAA